UACUGUCACUCAUCUGGAUAUUGAUCCCAGACAGGUUUCUUGCUUCAUGAAGCUUAGGUUUCCCAACCUAUUCCUCUCUUAUCAUCCUAAUCUCUGUGCUCCUCUGGACCCCAUGGCUAAGGCAAGACCAGGCUAGAGAAGCUAAUGAAGAAUGGAUCUCUGGCCUUGAGCAUGGAGUAAGAGGGUGAGAAUCUGUAAAGUAAGAAAAGGAUAUGACCUCUCAGCAAGGAUUGUCCAACAAAGCUCUGGGCAUGUCUUCCUGGAGUUGUACAUCCACAAAACUUCUCAAAUCUUUUCCCAGAAGGGAAGUCGCAGUUUCAUAUACCUUUCUCUACUAGGUAUAUGCCAGGGCAAGGAUUCUAAAGGAUGAGAUGAGUAAGCAGAGGAUCUUUAUACUAAGCAGCCUAUAAUCUAAAGUUAAGGGUCUGUGAAAGAUAAAGAAACAAUAAAGGAUAGAGGUAGUAGAGCUACAGAGACAAAAUUCCUCAAUGGAAAAAUGGGGCAACACACUCUUCAUAGGAAAUCUGACAUUCUCCUAGGCACUUGGGCAAAUGUGAGAGUCCCCACUGUCUGAGAAAUACUCAAGAGAGAUAGCAGAAGAAAAGAGAAUAAUUUUGGGUGGCUGGCACUAACAGCACUGAGCUUUGCAACUCCUCCAGGCUCAGGAACUACACUCUUCCUUUUCUAUAGGGAUAACGGCAGUUCAGAGGCCAGAAGACUUGAGGCUCCACAGCAUCAUGUGGCAGGUUAGGAAAUAUUGGGAGGGAGCUUUCUUGACGGACCGGCAGUAGAGGCAGCUGGCAUUAAGACCAGAGGAACUGGGGGAAGCAUUUAAAUAGUGGAAUGGAUGUAAAAGUUUACAGUACCUGGCAUAGUGCAGGAGGCAAACUCCUCGCGGUGAAGGAAGAUAUAUAACAGAGGAGUCCAGUACAGUGUGGCUGAAGCGAUCCCCCCAGAUAUACACUUUGGCCCUCAUCCAAGUGCACCCAGUUAAGUAAAUGCUUCCGUUCUUGAGAUUGAACAGAUAGAAUUGCAUUUCCUUCUUGAGCCUUCCCUUUGUCAAAGUUGAGGGAAACACCAUAAUCACUCCUGAAAGGGACCCAUCCCAGGGCCCCUGCAGGAUGUUUCAGGUUUACCUUAAUCUGUUUAGACAAGAGGGCCCAGCAGGGUGGAGGAAGAUCUAAGCCUAGGGAUGGAUGCGGAAGACCCUGUUUAUCAUAAUAAACUCACUACCACCAUGUUUAGAGGCACCAGUCUGUCUCAACCCUCUUCUCCACCUUUCCAUACCCUCUCCACACCCCCUUCAUCCUCUCGGCCCUUUCAAAUGUCAAAAUGUAUACCCCUCCUGCUGAGACUAUUUACUUACACAGAAAUAAAAGCCCAGGGGAGCCCCAAGUACUUACUGCGCUCUUGUAGUUGAUGCAAGAUGCCACCUGUUGCAGCUCUUCUGACCACUCUACAGCUGCUGCCCCUGGUGCUCCCAGGAAGAGUCUCGGGUACAGGCAGAGGUUGGAGGGAUCACAGCAGCAGGUGGAGAUUGUUUUGUGCUUUGGGCUGGCUUCCUUCACCGCUCUGAUUCUGUUCAAGAACCUCCAGGUUUUGGGAGAGAGUGAGGGUAGACAAAAACAGGGAGGAAGAAAAGAAAGAUGGGAUACCCUGCAUGUUCUGAUUUUCCCUUUGCUUGUAUGUAUGGGUACAGGGGGAGCGAGGAAAGACAAAGGUGAAGGCAAUAGAGGAAGGAACUCUGGGCUGUAUUCCCUGCUCAGUUAUGAGGCCCUGUUUUCUGGAAAAAUCUGCCACCUUCUUCAUGUGCUCAGGAUGUAGGAGCUCAUGGUGGCUAUAAAAGGCUAUGCAAUCUUUAUUUUAUUAUCCUUCAGAAGCUAAACUACUGGGCUGGAGUUGCAAGCUGAAGGCAUAACCAGAUUAAGCUAUGAUGCCAAAGCCAGAAAAACUAUGAGUGAGACAUCUCAGAGAAGGACAGGGGCCACAGACAUUUUUAUUCAAAAAGAUUUUGUAAGGAAACCUCAGUGGGUGUUGCAUGCACAAUAAAAAAAUUGGGAAGGAGUCUUGAUUGAAUCUAGUGCUGGUUUAUCCAGCUCCAAAAUGGGACUAAGAGAUGGAUUUAGAGAAAUAUAACUAAUAUAAAGACUCUUAACAGAGGCAGGCCAGGCACUGCUCUAAGUACUUUACAAAUAUUCUAUCUAUCUAUCUAUCUAUCUAUCUAUCUAUCUAUCUAUCUAUCAUCUAUCAUCUCUAUAACUCUAUUUAUAAUUCUUAAAACAAUAAGAUAAACACAUUUUCCCCCAUUAUACAUAUUAAGACAAUGGGGCACAGAGAAAUUAAGUAAUUUGCCCAAUGUCCCAGAGUCAGGAUUAGAACUCAGGAAAUAUGGGUAUGGGAUCAGUGGGUUUGGGCUCUGAGUAUGGAAGUAAUAUGAUAGGCAUAUGACAGGGGAGAAGAGAUCAAAUUAUGCAUCGCUCUAGAAACUUUCCCUCUCUCUCUAUCUAGCUGAGGCAAGGGAGUUGCCUCCCAGCCUUACCCUUUUGUCCUGUGCUGCAUGUCCACCCCAACAUAACUUGGAUCUCUGCUACUUCCUUAGUUGCCAGAGCAUAGGAUCUAGAACAAAGACGGGACCUGGGGGAAGCUUGAAGCAUUGUCACUUAUUAGUCAUGUAACUUAGCAAAAUAUUUUUAGACUCUCAGACCCUCAUGUUUUUCAACUAUAAAAUGUGGAUUACAAUUCACCCUCUGUUAUGUCUUGUGAAUGCUAAAUAUCCAACCAUACUGGUGCAUUAUGGUAUUGUUACUGCUAAUGUUCCUUUGAUGAUUUGCAACUCUCUGUCCCUGCUGUCUUCAAUACAAGGUAAAGUUGUAGGAAUCUGCCAGAUCUCUAGAGUGGGGAUACUGUAGACAACUGAGGCUUCCUAAGCCUAUCCCCUAACACAUCUCUGUAGACCAGCUUUGCUCUCUCCCACAGGGCCUUGAAGAAAAAUCAGCUUCCAGUAAUGUGAACUGCAGCCAGAUCCAGCCAGUGCAUGAGGUAGGGUGAGGUAGGCCCCAUCAGUAGGUUCUGGAAGGGACCUGCAGCUUCAAUUCUGGGAAAUCAAGAGAAACAUAACUCAAUCCCCUAACAGAGGGAUGCCCUAACAGACAGUCAAGAAGAAACCCCUGGGCAGAGGCAAUGCUUCUCUGGCACUCCAAAGUAGGCUCAGCCUCUUCUCUUGCUUCAUGUUUGCGAACAGUCCAGGGUGCUCCAACAUGCUUCAUUAUGUUUACUGUGCCUGUGGCCAUGGUUUGCAGCUGGUGAGAAGUGUGUCAAGCUCUGUGGAUAAAGGAGGCACAUGCCAUUGUAUGGUUCACCUACCCAACAACCCCAUCCCCCUGGAGCAGCUGGAACAGCUACAAAGUACAGCUCAGGAGCUCAUUUGCAAGUAUGAGCAGAAGCUGUCUAGAGUGAGUGCUUGAUCUGUGGGCUGGGGCUGGGGCUGGGAGUUAUUCAAGCAUAGUCUGUACUGGACACAGCAUGGGGAUGAGUCCUGGAAGUAGAAAAUGUUUGAAGGAAGUGGCAUAGCCCUCAUCUUUGAGAUGAAUCUUUAGAAUGAAGGGGAAAUUCUGUACUAUCCUUGGGAUCUCCAGUGAUAGUAACAGACUAUAGAGAGGCUUGUGUAGGGGGUGCCUCCCAUAGUAAUGGAUGAAUUAAUGGGUAUGGUUCCACUGGAAGAUGCAAACAGGACAAUUUUGGCCUGGGAGGAUGCAACUGAAUGGGAGAAGCCACAGGUGUUGACAUUUGGGGCAACUUCCUGUUCAUCCCCUGCAUGCUGAUGUCAGUGAGUAUGCACGCGCCAUUGAAGAUAAAGACAAUGAGGUUCUGGAAAUGAGUCACAUGCUGAAGUCCUGGAAUCCCAGUGCCCUUGCUUCUCCCUGUGAGAACCCAGGCUUCAACCUGCUGUGCCUGGAGCUGGAGGGAGCACAGGAGUUGGUGACUCAACUUAAAGCCAUGGGAGGUGUUAGUGUGGCUGGGGACCUCCUCCACCAACUUCAGAGCCAGGUGACUAACGCCAGUCUCACACUCAAGCUUUUGGCUGACUCUGACCAGUACAGCUUUGGUGCUCUCCAGCAGGAGGUGGAUGUCCUUGAGAGUCAACUAAGUGAAUGUGAGAGAGAAAAGGAGAAAGAACAGGCCUUUGGACACCCUGAACCACCCCUCCCCCGUGGGACUUGGCCUAGGUACUUUGACUACUAUCGGCUGUACAAAUCCUAUAAUGACCUCACACUGCUGAAAAACUAUGAAGAGAGGAAGAUGGGCUAUGGUGAUGGCAGUGGAAACGUUGUGUACAAGAACUUUAUGUACUUUAACUACUGUGGCACAAGUGACAUGGCCAAAAUGGACCUUUCCUCCAACACACUGGUGCUGUGGCGUCUGCCGCCUGGUGCCACCUAUAACAACCGCUUUUCCUAUGCUGGUGUGCCCUGGCAGGACUUAGAUUUUGCUGGUGAUGAGAAGGGGCUGUGGGUUCUCUAUGCCACUGAGGAGAGCAAGGGCAACCUGGUUGUGAGUCAUCUCAACACUAGCACCCUAGAAGUGGAGAAAACCUGGCGUACCAGCCAGUACAAGCCAGCCCUGUCAGGGGCCUUCAUGGCCUGUGGGGUGCUCUAUGCCUUACACUCACUGAACACCCACCAAGAGGAGAUCUUCUAUGCUUUUGACACCACCACCGGGCAGGAGCGCCGCCUCAGCAUCCUGUUGGACAAGAUGCUGGAAAAGCUGCAGGGCAUCAACUACUGCCCCUCAGACCACAAGCUGUAUGUCUUCAAUGAUGGUUACCUGAUAAAUUAUGACCUCACCUUCCUGACAAUGAAGACCAGGCUACCAAGACCACCCACCAGGAGGCCCUCUGGGGCUCAUGCUCCACCAAAACCUGUCAAACCUAACAAGGCUUCCAGACCCUGAGACCCCAGGGCUAGGCAGAGCAUUGGUAGAAGUGUGCCCUCUUCCUUACCUCCAGGAGGACCACAUCCCAAAGUGGCCAUUGGUCCUAAUGAUUGGAAGACUGAUUAUAUCUAGUGAGUUCUUUAUGUAAUUAAUAUCUCAAUCAGUACAUUAAGGUUCCCUUUAAUAAUGGUCUAGGUGGAUUUGAUAGGGAAAAAGUAAAAUAUUAGCUAAGAAAAUGGUACCCUCUCUUUCUGAUGCUUUGGCAUCUCAUAUUCCUUUUUUCAUAAAUCCAGCUCCCGGAACUCAAGAGUUCUGUGAUCUAGAAUUGUCAGUCUCAGGUUGGGAACAUCUGAUUCCAGUGCAGAAGCUGCAGGGCAGCUGGUCAUUAGAGUAGGAUAGGAAAGUUCCCUUUCUUAUCUCCACCUUCCUGUGAGGUCCCUGGGGAGAAAAGGGGCACGAUCUUGCUCUGGUAAUCAAUUUUUCAUUGUCCUGGAUCGAUCUCACUUUUGAGUGCAAUUGCAAGAGAAUAGGCCUGAGUCUUGCUGUAGUAAGUUAGCAACUGGCCUUAUAGCAUGAUGAGGAUCUGACAUGGAUAGUGCUGGAGGUCUAGAUAUUCUCAAUAAAGAAUCAUUGGUUUGAUAGCAGAAGGUCUCCUGGCCAACGGCCUAUCAUCCCUUUGCUUGUCUUCAACACACUGGGAACAUAUGGGCUCAAGAUUUUUGCUUGUUCCUUAGCUAUCUGUGUGGUGCUCCUCCCUCUCCAGGCAGGUGGAUGGAAUAUAUAAAAUCUAGACCCUGAAGGCUUCCUAGUAACACAGAAUAUGCAUACAAUUUCAUAUAUACAUUCGAUAAGACAUGUACACUCUCACUCAUAUAAAUAAUUAUUUCCAUCUGCAUCUAAAUAAAAACCAAACACAAUUCUCCAAAUUUACAUGGGACCAAGAAUCCAGCUUUUUAGUUGCCUGUAUUUGUCCCCUUAAGAAUUUUACUACUAACCACCUCCUCUCCUACCUCUUGAUUUACAGACGACAUUCCCCCUUAAUGCUUUGACAUAAAGGUGGGCACACAAGAGUGGGUUAGGACAUUGAAACAAAUCAUUCUAAAACUUCUGUUAUAUUGACAUGUAGAAGAGACCAAGUGAUAUGUGAAUAAAAAGCAUAUUAUAAAUAACAGCUAAUUCACAUUUAGUUUGGCAUGUGCCUAUGAAGAGCCUUCCUGGUUAGCCCUACUCCUGCUUCCUAGGACAGAGGAAAAUUUUCCCCACCACAUGGGAGCACAAUUAAAUAUAGAAUCCCAAAAUCUAGACUCUAUAUAAGACCCAAAUUUCCAGAUCAUUAAAAAAAUUAAUGUGCUCCUUCCUAUGGGAGAGACUGCAUUCUUAUAGGAAUGUGGCUUUAUCUAUGGCUUCAGUAGACCCAACUUUUCAUACAAGUCUAACAUCCCUAUAAGGAACAUACACACACAGCAUCACACGGAAACACACAUCCCACAUUUAAAAAUAUGGUUUUUAUUUACUUUUUUGUUUUCUUACUAGUUCCAUCCGGAGAACUUUGUCCCUGUUUUCUGGAAAAUUAUUUUAUUUUAUUGUAGAGCCCUGGACCCCUAAAUAUGUCCUCCUUUCCCUAGCUGGCCCAGGGUGACUGCGAGGAUAGAGUUGACAUCACAAUAUCCCUUUUCUGAGGAUUCAUGCCCUUGGUGGGUGGGGUAGGAGGAGGGGUAGCCCUAGGAGAAGUCAUCACCACUUUGUCCACCAUGGGUGAAGUAUGAAUCAGUAGCUAUGCCAGGCCUCAGCUGGGCCACAUCUGGAGAACUGGGGUGAGGGCACAACAUCACAAAAUAUCUGGCCCCAGUCUGGUCACUCAUCCCUUUUAGGGCAACAAGGAAACUGUCCUGUGGCCUGAGAGCACAAUACCUGAGACAAAGGCCAGCAGAAACAUUUGUCUGCCCUCACCCUUUCUGCUCCAGCUUCCACCUGCUCCCCAUCUGCCCACCCACUAAAGCCCAUGUCGCAUGCCAUCUCUCGAACAUCCAGGAUGUCCCAGAGUGGAUGUCCAUCAGGUCUGCUGGCAGACAAAAAUAUCUCUUCAAGUGCCACUCGAGUGAUAGUGAAGACUGCAGGCAACCAGAAAGACUUUAUGGUAGCUGAUGACAUAUCGGUAAGGCAGUUCAAGGAGAUGCUAUUGGCUCACUUCCAAUGCCAGAUAGACCAACUAGUGCUGGUCUUCAUGGGUUGCCUUCUCAAAGACCAUGACACACUGAGCCAGAGGGGCAUCAUGGAUGGCCACACCAUCUACUUGGUCAUCAAGUCCAAGCAGGGCUCCAGAUCUCUAGCCCAUUCCUUCCGGGACCUGCCAACGAAUGAUCCCUGCCACCGGGACAGAAACACCAAAGGAAACAGCAGCAGAGUGCACCAACCAACUGGUAUGAAUCAAGCUCCAGUGGAACUGGCCCACUUUGUGGGGUCUGAUGCACCCAAAGUGCAUACCCAAAACUUGGAAGUGAGCCACCCAGAGCGCAAGGCACAGAUGCUGGAGAAUCCUAGCAUCCAGCAGCUUCUGUCCAACAUGGAGUUCAUGUGGCAGUUCAUUUCAGAACAUCUAGACACGCAACAAUUGAUGCAGCAGAACCCAGAAGUUUCCCGCCUUCUUCUUGAUAAUUCUGAGAUCCUAUUGCAGACUCUGGAGCUGGCCAGGAACCUUGCUAUGAUCCAAGAGAUAAUGCAGAUCCAACAACCUUCACAAAACCUUGAGAAUCCACUGAACCCACAGCCAUAUCUGGGCUUAGAGACAAUGCCAGGUGGGAAUAAUGCCCUGGGUCAGAACUAUGCUGGUAUCAAUGAUCAAAUGCUGAACAGCAUGCAAGAUCCUUUUGGAGGAAACCCUUUCACAGCUCUCCUGGCAGGACAAGUGCUAGAACAAGCCCAGUCUUCACCCCCACCUCCACCACCAUCACAGGAACAAGACCAGCUCACACAGCAUCCUGCAACGCGAGUCAUCUAUAAUAGCUCUGGUGGUUUAUCUUCAAACACCUCAGCCAAUGACACCCCUAACAAGGUCAACCACACUUCCAAAGCCAACACUGCUAUGAUCUCCACCAAGGGCCAGAGCCAUAUCUGUGCCACUCAGCAGCCAGCUGGGAUACCAGCCUUACCUAGCAUAGAGCUUACCCAGCAGCUUCAAGAAGAAUACAAGGAUGCCACUGUUUCUCUAAGUAGCUCCAGACAGACAUUAAAGGGUGAUCUCCAGCUGUCAGAUGAGCAGACCAGCUCCCAGAUCACAGGAGGCAUGAUGCAGUUGCUUAUGAACAACCCCUACCUGGCAGCUCAGAUUAUGUUGUUCACAAGUAUGCCCCAGCUGAGUGAACAGUGGAGGCAGCAGCUGCCCACAUUCCUGCAGCAGACACAGAUUUCUGAUCUGCUUAGUGCUUAGGCAACCCUAAAGCAUUCCAAGCAAUAUUGCAGAUUGAGCAGGCCCUCCAGCUGCUGGCCACAGAGGCUCCUGUUCUUCUGCCUUGGGUUGCACCCUACCUAUGGGACCUGGGUUGGCUUCCUGCCCCCAGCUGCAGCUAUCCUGACACAGUGCCCUGUUCCUGGAAUGUUUCAGAUACAGGUGAGCCCAAGGGACCUGAGUGCUGCCACAAGCCUGGAACAGUCCUGCAGAGGCUACAAUCCCUGGAUGGGGACCCUUCCCACCCUCUGCAAGCUCCUGAGAUUCGUUUUAGCAAACAGAUGGAUUCUCUCCAGGCCAUGGGAUUUGGGAACCACCAUGCCAAUCUACAGGCACUCAUUGCUACUGAAGGGGACACCAGUGCUGCUAUCCGCAAGCUCAAGAGAUCCCAGAGAUUCUAACCGCCAUGCCUACUUGUUUGCUUGCUACCUGCCUGCUGACCCACCUGACCAUCUCAUUUGCCUUUUGCACCUUUCCUGAUGCUUCCAGCCAGGAGAAGUCCUGGAAUAAGAGUUAUCAACCAAUGUGUCUUGUACUGAAUAAUAGAUCAUUGGCCAUGGCUGAAACAUCUGUCAAUAAAAUGGCUACACUCA